AUGCAGGAGCCACUGCUAAGAGCCGAGGGUCUGGACUAUGACACCUUCCCCGAGGCGCCCGCGUCGCAGAGAGAGAGGUCGCGGGCCGGGGCCUUGCAAAACAGAAGGGUGUUCCUGGCCACCUUUGCUGCUGUGCUGGGCAAUUUCAGCUUUGGGUAUGCCCUGGUCUACACGUCCCCAGUCAUCCCUGCGCUGAAGCUCUCUUCUGACCCAGCACUACACCUGAACAAAGUCCAGGCAUCCUGGUUUGGGUCCGUGUUCACCUUGGGUGCGGCAGCUGGGGGCCUCAGUGCUAUGGUUCUCAAUGACCUCCUGGGCCGGAAGCUCAGCAUCAUGUUCUCAGCUGUCCCCUCAGUCAUUGGCUAUGCACUCAUGGCUGGUGCCCAUGGUCUCUGGAUGCUCCUGCUGGGGAGGAUGCUGACAGGCUUUGCCGGGGGACUCACUGCUGCCUGCAUCCCGGUGUAUGUGUCUGAGAUUGCACCCCCUGGUGUUCGUGGGGCCUUGGGGGCCACACCGCAGCUCAUGGCCGUGUUUGGAUCCCUGUCUCUCUAUGCUCUUGGUCUUUUGCUGCCUUGGAGAUGGCUUGCUGUGGCCGGGGAGGGGCCUGUUCUCAUCAUGAUCCUGCUGCUUAGCUUCAUGCCCAACUCGCCUCGCUUCCUGCUCUCAAAGGGCCGGGAUGAGGAGGCACUGCAGGCACUGACCUGGCUUCGAGCUGACUCUGAGGUCCAUUGGGAGUUCGAGCAGAUCCAGGACAACGUGCGGAGACAGAGUAGCCGAGUGUCAUGGGCGGAGGCCCGAGACCCCCGUGUGUACCGGCCUAUUCUCAUCGCAGUACUGAUGCGCUUUCUGCAGCAGCUGACAGGCAUCACACCCAUCCUCGUGUACCUGCAAACCAUCUUUGACAACACAUCUGUGGUGCUGCCCUCUCAGCAGGAUGCAGCCAUAGUGGGUGCUGUGAGGCUUGUGUCUGUGCUGAUUGCUGCUGUCACCAUGGACCUAGCUGGCCGUAAAGUUCUGCUCUAUGUGUCAGCAUCCAUCAUGCUUGUUGCCAACCUGACAUUGGGGCUGUACGUCCAGUUUGGCCCAAGGCCUCUGACCCCCAACAGCACUGUGGGACUGGAGAUCAUGACUCCGGGGAACACAGAGCAACCCCCAACUACAUCCUUCGAUUACCUCACUCUGAUACCCCUGCUGGCCACCAUGCUCUUCAUUAUGGGCUAUGCCAUGGGCUGGGGGCCCAUCACCUGGCUCCUCAUGUCUGAAGUUCUGCCCCUGCGUGCCCGCGGUGUUGCCUCGGGGCUCUGUGUGCUGGUCAGCUGGCUUACAGCCUUCGUCCUCACAAAGUACUUCCUGCUGGCAGUGAAUGCCUUCGGCCUCCAGGUGCCUUUCUUCUUCUUCUCGGCCAUCUGCCUGCUCAGCCUGCUCUUCACAGGCUGCUGUGUGCCUGAGACCAGGGGCCGCUCGCUGGAGCAGAUCGAGGCCUUCUUCCACACCCGCAGGAUGUCCUUCAGGCCCUAG